AGAGAAAGUGAAAGUAAAGAGUGUAGCUGUGUUUAUAUCUCUGUCCGAGUGUUCUUUUUAUCUCUCUGAGCUUCUGGUCUUUCGUCUUCACUGCAGAAUGAAGAAAGUCUACUUUAUGAAGCUUGGGAACACCUUGAAUGCUGAUUUGGACUUUAAGAAAGAACUCAAGAACUCAGUGAACCUACGUGAAGUGUCCUCAGUGAUGGAGAGUGAUGUCGUCAUGGCGUUUGUGCCCAUCGUGUCUCGAGCUGGGACUGACAUUGAAGCUGCGCUUAAAAAGAUUCCUGAGUUCCGGCCCGUUGUUCUGGUGGUUCUCCACUACACAUUCGAUCCAUAUUUCGUGGCUCCAAACAGCAGACGGUGUGUGAACAACACAGAUGUGUUCACUGUGGACUGCCUGUUUCAUGAAGACCGAGGUCUGCUGAGAUGCCAACGCAACGACGAGGCUCUGAGAGCAGUGAAAGACCAUCUAGAAGCAGGGGGGUCUUCAUCCAGCAACCUCAUGUUUCAGAUGACAGAGUAUGCCCGGUGGAUGGUAUUUAUCUUCCUGUUUAUUCUCAUGGCUCCCAUGGACAAGUUCUUCCAUAUCAAGUGGCAUACCAGGAUUUUACUUGUAUGUAUCUUCCUAGUGAUCCUCUACAUCUAUGACAUCGAGGAGCUGAUUUUCAGCACUUUAUUCCCUUCAACGCAACCAGCCAACACUGACACGGAACAAAAGCCUGAAAUGUUUCACAAUUUAAACCCUUUUUUACCACAGAAUAUAAGUGUGAAUAUAAGCCAGACUGUAACAAACCACAAUACAAGCAAGAAUAUAGAUCAGAACAUAACACAGAAUUAACAUGAGAAUAUGAAUGCUUAGUUAAGAAAAUACAGCAUUAUGAAGCUAUCAGUUUAGCUUGCAGAAGGAAUCUCUCUCAUGGGUUCUUGUUGUGAGUUUUGGUUGCUCUUGUGUUCUUACUCUGAAGGCCAGAUUAGAUCAAAUCAAACUUUUACAUUCAAAUUACUGCGCUCCAUUUUUCUGCGCUAGAAAUGCGCACCCUCUCCGCUUUUAGACUCUUUGGCCCGUUUUUUUUUGCGCUAGAAAUGCGCACUCUCUCCGCUUUUUAAUUUUUCCCCCGUUUUUUUGCGCUAGAAAUGCGCACUCUCUCCACUUUUAGACUCUUUGCCCCGUUUUUCUGUGCUAGAAAUGCGCACCCUCUCCGCUUUUAGACUCUUUGCCCCGUUUUUCUGCGCUAGAAAUGCACAUUCUCUCCGCUUGUGGACUCUUUGGCCCGUUUUUCUGCGCUAGAAAUGCGCACCCUCUCUGCUUUUAGACUCUUUGCCGCGUUUUUCUGCGCUAGAAAUGCACACUCUCUCCGCUUGUGGACUCUUUGGCCCGUUUUUCUGCACUAGAAAUGCACACUCUCUCCGCUUUUAAACUUUUUGCCCCGUUUUUCUGCGCUAGAAAUGAGCACCCUCUCUGCUUUUAGACUCUUUGGCCCAUUUUGCAGCGCUAGAAAUGCGCACUCUCUCUGCUUUUAGACUCUUUGGCCCUUUUUUCUGUGCUAGAAAUGCUCUCUCCGCUCCAAAAAAGGAAACGGGCCGCAAAUGGCCCGCGGGCCGUAGUUUGGACACCCCUGUUCUAGAUCAUUCUAGAUUGUUUACUUCAGUUCUUACAGUUGCAAACUAUUCUCCCAUUCACAUUCUGUAGUUCUUAUUAUAUCCAUAUUUGGCACGCAGGGUCUAACCUCGAUUUCCAUUGCAGAAAUUAAAUAAUUUGCUGUGCUGGUCAAGAGCCAAUCCGCUCAACCAGCUAAUUUAAAGGAGAACUCUGGUGUAAAAUGGAUUUUUGUUGUAGUAAAACAUGAUAAAAAGUACUUACCUUUGAUGAAUAGCACACCUCCGCUCUUACACAGCGUUCCGAGAUACAAUGUUCUAAACAGUUCUAUAACUUUCUUCUUAUUCGCAUUUUCAAAAAAGUUCCCCCUUAUUCACGUUGUUCUUGAGUAUAAUCCCUGUUUCCACAGUUUUAGAAUAUGUUCCCUUUUUACAGUCAUUUUUGACACUGUUCUGGAAUGCUCAUUAACAUUUACAUUGUUUUAAUAUGCUCUCCACCAUUAAAAUGGCAUGCUAUAGAAUUCCCCCAGUCAUAGUCUUUCAUGUUGUUUCUCUAAUGUUCUCUCAUUAACAUGGUUUUAAGAUGCAGCUGUCUUUUCGACAACUUCAUUGAAAUGCAUUUGCAGAAGGUUCUCAGGCUACAGGGCGAGAUAUAUAUGGUGAGAAUUGGGACAAGGCAAAAUAUUCUGGUGUAGGGCCUGUAGAACUACAGUAAAAUAGAUAAAAAUCAGAAAUCUGUAAUUAUUGUAGUCUGUAAAGGUGGAUUAGCUGAAACCUUGUGUGAACAGAAGUGUUUUGAGUCUGGAUUUUACUGUAUAUAUAUAUAUAUAUAUAUAUAUAUAUAUAUA